GUGCCUAAAUUAUCCUGUGUUCCUGUUAAAGGACUCUCACCUUGCUCAUUUGCAGUCUAUCUUGUGACUUAGGAAGAAAAUCAGCUGAAAUACAAAGAAUAUAGGAAAGAAAAUAAAUCAGUGUUUAAUUUAUUUGAAUUGAUAUAUUUGUAUGUGUGUGGUUUGUUGAUUAAAAACCAGUCAAUUUACCUUUUUUGAAUUUUUUUGGCAGAUGUUUAGACUGUAUUCAGUUUGACAAAAUAAAUUGAUUGCAUUCCUGAUUUCAGCAUAGUUAUGGAUCUUUAUGAAGUACAAGGCUUUUUUUCCUUGAGACUUAUUUUUUUUCACUUCUUUUUUAGUAGUUUAGUUACGUAUUAUGGGCAGUCUUUAUUGUUUAUUUUAAAAAGUUACGUCCUUCCUGUUUUAUGUGUCAGUUAACAGUCUUUUCACAUGACGAAUGAAUGCAUUUUUUUAAGUAGCAAGAGAUGCUAUAACCUUUAUGUAAUUUUCCAAAAAUUAAGAAUUGAAAAAUUUAGCUUUAUUUGUUAUAUUUUAUAAAAACAAGUUUGUAAUUAUAAAAAGAACACAAUCUUUUUCUUUUACUUCAGUUUGUAAUUAGGUCAGAUAUGAAAGGCCAAAAACAUGUACUCAUCUAUAUUCAUUAACUAAUGAACUAAUUUGUUAACCAUUCCUCCUGGAAACAUAACAUGUCUUAAUCCUUGCUUUAAGUAACCGUCACUUUAGUUCUCACUGCAUGUCAUUACAAACUCCACUAAUUGCAAAACUAUCAGAGUUGAGAAGGAUUAGUAAUUAUGACAUUAACUUCUUCCUUCAAUUUAAUUGCAUUACCAUUUCAUAAUAAAUCAAGUAAUUUGUGGUUUCAGAUUUAAUAUUUUGGAAAAUAAGUUUUAGGCAUUUAAAUUUAUAGAUACUGAUAACUUUUAGUAGAAAAAUUUUAUGCUGUUUUGUCAGUCUUGAGAAGCUUUCAUCUUUCGCUUAGUACACCAAGUGACUAUGUGCGUCUCAUUGGGAAGUAGGUAGGAGACUGGGAAGCUCAUAAGGUGAAUAUAAGACUUGAUUGCCUGUACGGAACUUACAGUGAAAUUGUCAGCUGGUCUGCUAUUAUCUAGGCAGUCUAAGUAAUGCUUAAGAAUUUUUGGGUUCUGAAGUAGAUAGACCUGACUUCAGAACUGGCUUAUCUACUUACUAGUUUUGAGAACCCAAGCAGGUCACUUAUUCUUUUGCUUCCAUCACCUAUUUAAGGGAGAAAUAAUAGUUUUUAACUUUUGUAUUAGAUUAGUGCAUCUAAAGAGCUUGAUAGAUUGCUUAAUACUUAGCAAGUGCACAGUGAAUGUUUCCACCAUUGCUGCCACCAUUGAAAGCAUCAUUAUCCAUCUUUUCCUUUUAGAAGAACUUUGUAGUCAUACUGGCCUACUUCCUUAACAUAACUUUCAUCACUAUCCUCCCAUUUAUUAUGUUUUCAAAUCUAUUAUAAUUGGAACUUUGAUUAAUUUCUGUUGCUUUUUCUUGCAAGGUAAUUAAUGGAAGUAAGCAGUCCUCUUAUUCUUUCCUCUUAGCUUCUCCUCAUAGUAUACUUGGGGGCAAACUAAAUUUGUUUCACUCUGAGUUAUUAGAACUUAGGUGACCAGCAUUAUAGGAAGAGAGGAUUAAGGAGGGUUCUGCAAUUUGUGCUAUAUUACUUAACAUACAAUGUAUGGAAUUGUAUAAAUGAUCCCAAGAGGAACUAUAGUGAGAAAAUUGCUUUUAACAAGGGAGCUGUUGUUGCCUAUUGUAUGGUAAUUUAAUUCCUUUUAAGGGUUAUCCUAUUAAUACAAGUUCAAGCAGCUAGUAUUUCAUGAGAGAUAACAGAGGAUUUAGAACUGGAUGGAUUUUGAUUUGGCCACUCCUGUUAUUUAAGUGACGUAUUUAACCUCUGAGUCUUUCUUCCCUGUAAAUGUACGUACAAUUAAAUAUACAUAUGCAUAAUUAACUCCUUGUGUUUUGAGGAUUUAGAGAUUAUAUAUGGUAAGUGACUCAUAUUGACUAAUACGUAAAGGAUACUUCGUAAAUGCUAAUUUCCCUGCUUUAAAAGGUAAUAACCUGUUCAAACAGUUUUGCCUUAAAGCUGAUUCUGAAUAACUUCAAGGUAAACAGUUAGUUUCACCUGAUUUUUAAAUUUUUCUGAACUAAGCUUUGAAUGAUUUUGUUAGGGUCCAGCUAUCAGGCGAGUUUAGUGAGAAUUGCCAGAAUAGGUCUCAGGGUACUGACAUUCCACCAUGCUGCAGAGGGAUUAGAAUUUACUAUCUCAGUGAGGCCAAGCUCCCAUCCUGGUCAUUACUGCCUUUACAGGAACCCAACCAUUUGUAUAAUAGCUGGCCUCCCAUUUUCCCAUGAGGUAGACCUGCUGCAGGAAUCCUGAUACAACUUGGGCAGGAACUUUUGAAUCCAUAAUGUUUCCAUUCUCCCUAUUUUAAGUAUUUUUACAGCAUAACACUCUUAAUGCUAUUCACCCUCCAACAGUUUAUAAAUUUGUGGUCACUCCCUCAAAUACUGCCUUUUUGGCUUUAUGCCAGUCCAAUAUGAAAGUCUCUGCAUACUGCAUAACUUGCUUUGCAUAUAUUUUUCCAUUUAAAAACCACUUUAACAUCCAUAUUAUAUUUGAUCAUUAUAAAACCCCUGGUUGUAGUUCGUAUGAUUACCUUUCACAAAAGAAGCAGCAGUGGCUCAGAAUUUAAGUGACUUCCCUAUGAUGAUGAAGCAAGUUAAUAGUGUAAUUGGGAUUCACAUCAGGCUAUGUUCUUUAUAUUCUUUGUUCUUAAAUGAUUCUUCAGCAUCUUUACUAAUUUUCAAUGUCAAUUAUUUAGAUUUAUGUCCUGUGUUGUCAACUGGUAGCUAUAAAAAAGUAUGAUUUUUAUAAACACCGUUCUAAGAAAUAUAGACAGAUUAGGAAAAAAAUGUGUAAUUUGACUCUGCUUUUCACUUUCUCUCCCUCAUAAAUGCUUACUACAUGCCAGGCUUAUUGUGGGUACUUGUAAAUGAGGAAGUGUUCCCAUCAUCUCAUACAAAGGGAAAAAAGCUGAUAGCAUGAAAGAACAUUUUGGUGUAUUUGUGGGGAGUGUGCAGUGGCAUGUUACCAAGUAAGACUAGAGCCGGACCUGAGUUUGACGAGAGGAAUCAACUGUCUUCUUUCAGUGGAAAGAGUUAACAGUUGUUGCAGGAUUGCUUCACAGUGGAGGGGGAAGAUUUGAGGCAUGACUUUGAACGCUUACAGCUAGCCAUGGAAAUGGUAGGAUUUCUUCCCAAGACACGAAGACAGAUUUUCUCUCUUCUCUCAGCAAUACUACAUUUGGGUAAUAUCUGUUAUAAAAAGAAGACAUACCGGGAUGACUCCAUAGAUAUCUGUAAUCCUGAAGUUCUUCCUGUUGUCUCAGAAUUAUUAGAAGUUAAAGAAGAGAUGCUAUUUGAAGCACUAGUUACAAGGAAGACUGUGACAGUGGGAGAAAAGCUUAUUUUACCAUACAAACUGGCAGAGGCUGUGACAGUAAGGAACUCCAUGGCUAAGUCUUUAUAUAGUGCCCUAUUUGACUGGAUAGUUUUUCGGAUUAAUCACGCACUUAUGAAUAGUAAAGAUUUGGAGCAAAAUACCAAGACUUUGUCCAUUGGUGUUCUUGAUAUUUUUGGGUUUGAAGAUUAUGAAAAUAACAGCUUUGAACAGUUCUGUAUUAAUUUUGCUAAUGAACGUUUACAACACUACUUUAAUCAGCAUAUCUUUAAAUUGGAGCAAGAGGAGUAUAGAGCUGAAGGUAUCAGCUGGCACAAUAUCGAUUAUAUUGAUAAUACCUGUUGCAUAAAUCUUAUUAGCAAGAAACCAACAGGCCUGCUCCAUCUUUUGGAUGAAGAAAGCAACUUUCCACAGGCUACAAAUCAAACACUGCUGGACAAAUUUAAGCAUCAGCAUGAAGAGAAUUCUUACAUUGAAUUUCCAGCUGUGAUGGAGCCUGCUUUCAUCAUAAAGCAUUAUGCCGGGAAAGUAAAAUAUGGGGUAAAGGAUUUCCGGGAAAAAAAUACAGAUCAUAUGCGCCCUGACAUUGUAGCUCUUCUGAGAAGUAGCAAGAAUGCAUUUAUCUCUGGGAUGAUUGGAAUUGAUCCUGUAGCUGUUUUCCGAUGGGCAGUUCUCCGAGCUUUUUUCAGAGCCAUGGUUGCUUUCAGGGAAGCUGGGAAAAGACACAUUCAGAGAAAAACUGGACAUGAUGAUACAGCGCCAUGUGCAAUUUUGAAAAGUAUGGAUAGUAUUAGCUUUCUCCAACACCCAGUCCACCAGAGGAGCUUAGAGAUUCUGCAGAGGUGCAAGGAAGAGAAGUACAAUAUAACUCGGAAAAAUCCCAGAACACCUCUUUCUGACCUCCAGGGCAUGAAUACUCUAAAUGAAAAAAACCAACAUGAAACAUUUGAUUUUGCCUGGAAUGGCAGAACUGGGAUUCGUCAGAGCAGACUGUCAAAUAACACCUCUUUGCUUGAUAAAGAUGGGAUAUUCGCUAACUCAGCUAGCAGCAAACUCUUGGAGAGAGCCCAUGGAAUUCUCACGAGAAACAAAAAUUUCAAAUCCAAGCCUGGCCUUCCAAAGAUAAAUUUACGUGAAGAAUUUGAUUUUUUUCCUCCUGCUUUUCAGCACUUACUAGAAGUAAAGUCUUUAAAACACCUGACAAGACUGACCUUACAGGAUCGCAUUACCAAGUCUCUUCUUCAUUUGCACAAGAAGAAGAAACCUCCCAGCAUCAGUGCACAGUUUCAGGCCUCAUUAAGCAAGCUGAUGGAAACACUUGGUCAAGCAGAACCAUAUUUUGUAAAAUGCAUUCGCUCUAAUGCUGAAAAGUUGCCAUUAAGGUUCAGUGAUGCGUUGGUACUUAGACAGCUUCGGUACACUGGGAUGCUGGAGACAGUUCGAAUUCGCCAAUCAGGAUACAGCUGCAAAUAUUCUUUCCAGGAUUUUGUGAGCCAUUUCCACGUACUUCUUCCCCGAAAUAUUAUUCCAUCCAAAUUUAACAUUAAGGAUUUCUUCAGGAAAAUAAAUCUUAAUCCAGAUAAUUAUCAAGUUGGAAAAUCCAUGGUGUUCCUCAAGGAGCGGGAACGACAACACCUACAAGAUCUACUUCACCAAGAGGUGCUCCGCAGAAUUAUAUUGUUGCAGCAAUGGUUCAGGGUCUUGCUGUGUAGGCAGCAUUUCCUCCAUCUGAGACAGGCAUCCAUUACCAUCCAGCGAUUCUGGAGGAAUUACCUAAAUCAGAAGCAAGUCAGAGAUGCAGCUGUGCAGAAGGAUGCUUUAGUUAUGGCUAGCGCAGCCACUCUUCUUCAAGCCUCCUGGCGCGCUCACUUAGAGAGGCAGCGGUAUUUGGAGCUCCGAACUGCAGCCGUCGUCAUCCAGCAGAGAUGGAGGGAGCACUGUAGGCGGAGGCACAUGGCUGCUAUCUGCAUACAAGCGAGAUGGAAAGGUUACAGGGAAAGUAAGAGGUAUCAAGAACAAAGGAACAAAAUUAUCCUUUUGCAAUCACUAUGUAGAGGAUUCAAAGCAAGACAAAGAUUUAAAGCUUUAAAAGAACAAAGAUUAAAAGAAACAAAGCUAGAACUUGGAUUGGCAAAUAUCAAGCCAUAUGGAACUCUGGAAAUUCAUGGUUCAGACCCUUCAGAAUGGGAGGAUUGUUCAUUUGACAACAGAGUAAAAGCCAUAGAGGAAUGUAAAUCUGUGAUAGAGAGUAAUCGAAUUAGUCAUGAAAGUUCAGUGGAUCGCUUGAACGAGUCCCCAAAAAAGCGGCAGGAGAGAGCCAGAAGUCACAGUGGUGUGGACUUGCAGGGAGAUGUGAUUGUCAGAGAGAGACCCAAGUCCUUGGAAGAUCUCCACCAGAAAAAAGUGGGUCGGGCCAAAAGAGAAAGUCGGAGAAUGAGAGAACUAGAGCAAGCUAUAUUUAGUUUAGAAUUGCUUAAAGUCCGUUCUCUUGGUGGUGUGUCUCCUUCAGAAGAACGUAGGUGGUCUACGGAACUGAUGCCUGAGGGCUUUCAGUCUUUACAGGGUACACCUGAUAGUGAAAGCUCUCAAGGAAGCUUGGAACUUCUGAGCUGUGAGGAAAGCCAAAAGAGCAAACUGGAACCCAUAAUUCUAGAUGAAGGAGACUUGCCGUUUCUAUCACCUAAGAUAUCUAGCAGUCCCAGUUUUGAUUUACAGGACAAUGCCCUCAGUACCUCAAGUGAGACUAACUAUACGUUGAUUCAAAAGGGGGCACCUUCUGACUCAGUGCAUUUAAAGAAUGGGGCUAUGAAGGAAAAACUGGUUUGCCGUUCUGAAUCUAUUACCUGUAAACCACAGCUGAGAGACUCCUUUAUUUCAAAUAGUCUGCCUACAUUUUUUUAUAUUCCCCAGCAAGACCCACUGAAAACAAGUUCCCAACUAGACACAAGUGUCCAGAGAAACAAACUAUUGGAAAGUGAAGAAACACUUCCAUCUCUUACUUUGGAUAUCAACAGGGAAGCCAGAAAGUACCACUUCCCAGGGGAAAAUCAAGUUGUUGCUUCUUUGAAUACAGAUUCUUCUAAUACUGUGCUUAAGAAGUUAGAAAAGCUAAACACUGAGAAGGAAGAAAGGCAAAAACAGUUGCAGCAGCAGAAUGAGAAAGAGAUGAUGGAACAGAUUCGCCAGCAAACAGAUAUUUUAGAAAAGGAGCGUAAAGCCUUUAAGACAAUUGAAAAGCCGAGAACUGGGGAGACUUUUCUGGUAUCAUCUUUCCGUCAGUCAAAGCAAAGACUAGAGAGGCCAUCCUCUCUCCUCAUCCUGAAUACCCCAGAUAAGGACGAACCCAGUGCAGUUGGGACUCCAUCAGUAACUGUAAAAGAUGCUGCUCUUGCCCCAAAAGACAGUCACUCUACUCACUUACCCUUGAGGGACCGACCUGUCACUCUCUUCUUUGAAAGGAAAGGAGGCCCAUGCCAAUCUAGUGCUGUCAAGGAAUUAUCCAAAGCAGACAGAGUUUCCACCCAACUGAAUGCAGCCUGUAAACUCUCUAAUAAUCGCAUUUCAAAAAGAGAACACCUUAGGCUGGCUCAGCCUUGUAGCCACAAAUCUGAUGACCCUUUCAGAGAUGGAAGUACUAGGGCCAUUUUCUUCACGCCAAAGGAAAAUAUGAGUAGUUCUCUUGUCACCAAGGAAGCUUUAAACAGUGGAAAUCCUCAGCUCCAUAAACAAGAUGAACCAGCUUGGAAAUCUGUGAAGUUAACUGGGCCGGGCCAAGGAGAGCAGGUUGCCAGACCGGCCCAUAAAAAGAAAGCUCGAAUGGCGCGGACGCGCUCCGAUUUCUUGACUAGAGGUACUUUUGCCGAUGGGGAGGGGGAUACAGAGGAAGAUGAUUACGAUGACAUUAUUGAGCCCCUUCUCUCCCUUGACCAAGCUUCUCACUCUGAGCUAGGGCCUGCACCCAGCCUGGGUCAGGCCUCUCACAGUGACUCCGAAAUGACAUCACAGCGUUUUUCUUCAGUUGAUGAAGAAGCAAAGCUUCAUAAGACCAUGUCUCAAGGAGAGAUUACGAAGUUGGAAGUGAGACAGAAGGCUUCAGAUUCAGAUAUAAGACCUCAGAGAGCUAAGAUGAGAUUCUGGGCCAAAGGGAAACAAGGGGAGAAGAAGACUACCAGAGCAAAACCUGCUAUCCAUUCGGAGGUCUCGGCACUCUUUGCUGGCUCAGAUAUGAUUCCAGCUCACCAGUUUCCAGAUGAAUUAUCUCAGAAUCAGCCAACACCUCCUUUGAGUCCAGAAUUGCCUGGGAGCUGCCGGAAGGAGUUCAAAGAGAACAAAGAGCCUUCUCCAAAGGCAAGGCGCAAGCGAAGUGUGAAGAUCAGCAGCGUGGCUUUGGAGUCUAUGCAUUGGCAAAAUGACUCUGUCCAGAUCAUAGCAAGUGCCAGUGAUUUAAAAAGCAUGGAUGAAUUUCUUCUGAAAAAGAUGAAUGACCUAGAUAAUGAAGACAGCAAGAAAGACACACUAGUGGAUGUUGUAUUUAAAAAAGCUCUGAAAGAAUUUCGGCAGAAUAUCUUCAGCUUUUAUUCAUCUGCAUUGGCGAUAGAUGACGGGAAAAGCAUACGGUAUAAAGACCUCUACGCACUAUUUGAACAGAUUUUGGAAAAGACCAUGAGGCUUGAGCAGCGUGAUUGGAGUGAAUCUCCAGUCAGAGUUUGGGUCAACACUUUUAAAGUGUUUUUAGAUGAAUAUAUGAAUGAAUUCAAGACUUUGGAAUAUAUACCCACAAAGGUGCCAAAAACAGAGAGAAAGAAAAGAAGGAAAAAAGAAACUGAUUUAGUAGAAGAGCACAAUGGUCACAUCUUUAAGGCCACCCAGUAUAGCAUCCCUACAUACUGUGAGUACUGUUCUUCUUUGAUAUGGAUAAUGGACCGAGCCUCUGUUUGCAAAUUAUGCAAGUAUGCUUGUCAUAAGAAGUGCUGUCUGAAAACCACAGCCAAGUGCUCUAAAAAGUAUGAUCCAGAGUUAUCAUCUCGACAAUUUGGAGUUGAAUUGUCCCGUUUGACCAGUGAAGACCGAACUGUCCCUUUAGUGGUGGAAAAGCUCAUAAACUACAUUGAAAUGCAUGGAUUGUACACAGAAGGUAUUUACCGAAAGUCUGGUUCAACUAAUAAAAUCAAGGAGCUUCGACAAGGUCUAGAUACAGAUGCUGAGAAUGUAAACCUAGAUGACUAUAACAUACACGUCAUUGCAAGUGUAUUCAAACAAUGGCUUCGUGAUUUGCCCAAUCCACUCAUGACCUUUGAACUCUAUGAGGAAUUUCUUCGAGCUAUGGGCCUUCAGGAGAGGAAAGAGACAAUCCGUGGUGUAUACUCUGUGAUUGACCAGCUCUCCCGAACUCAUCUCAAUACACUGGAACGCCUCAUCUUUCAUCUAGUCAGGAUUGCUCUACAGGAAGACACUAAUCGAAUGUCUGCUAAUGCUUUGGCCAUUGUGUUUGCACCCUGCAUUCUCCGCUGCCCUGACACCAUCGACCCACUACAAAGUGUACAGGACAUCAGUAAGACCACCACCUGUGUGGAGCUGAUUGUUGUGGAACAAAUGAAUAAAUAUAAGGCUCGUCUCAAAGACAUCAGUAGCCUGGAAUUUGCUGAGAAUAAGGCAAAGACCCGGCUAUCACUGAUUCGUAGAUCAAUGGGCAAGGGGCGUCUUCGUCGAGGAAACUAUCCCUGCCCAUCCUCUCCUGUUGUAGUUCGGUUGCCCUCCAUAUCUGAUGUCCCAGAAGAGACCUUGACUACUGAGGCAGCGUUGGAAACUGACAUCACGGAACAGCAGCAGGCAGCUAUGCAGCAGGAGGAGAGAGUCCUGACUGAGCAGAUUGAGAACCUGCAGAAAGAGAAGGAGGAGCUAACUUUUGAGAUGCUUGUCCUGGAGCCCCGUGCCUCUGAUGAGGAAACCCUUGAGUCUGAGGCCUCCAUAGGGACUGCUGAUAGCUCCGAAAACUUGAAUGUUGAGUCCGAAGGUGCCAUCUCUGAGAAAUCAGAGAGAAGCUUAGCUCUUAUCUCCCUGAAGGCAGCUGGCAAGUCUGAACCUUCAAGCAAGUUGCGGAAGCAGCUGAGAAAGCAGCAGGACUCACUGGAUUCAGUGGACUCUUCAGUCUCUUCUUUAUGUUCAUCUAGCACUGCGUCUUCUCAUGGGACCAGAAGACGAUUUCAGAUUUAUUCCAAAUCUCCAUUCUACCGAGCUUCCUCAGCUGGUGAGGCCCUAGGAGUGGAAGGGCCAUUGGGCCAGACCAAAUCCCUAGAAGACAAGCCUCAAUUCAUCAGCAGAGGAACCUUCAACCCUGAAAAGGGCAAACAAAAAUUAAAGAAUGUGAAAAACUCACCUCAGAAAACCAAAGAGACCCCAGAGGGGACAGUUGUGUCUGGCCGCAAGAAAACUGUGGACCCAGACUGCAGCUCUACCCAACAGCUAGCUCUCUUUGGAAAUAAUGAGUUUAUGGUCUGAACUGGCGGAUGUGUGUCCCUUCAUGGCUACAGAGUGGUAAACACAUCUCAUCUUUGGGGCCUCAUCACCUGGUCCACAAUAUCUAUCCUAGUUGUGGUCCUGCCUCUUGCCCAAGCAUACAACCAAGACCUUGUGUGCUGAAUUCCUGGGCCUCCUGCCGAAGCGAAAAGGCCUCUUUGAAGCCUGCUAGGGAUGGUGCCAGCUGUGCCUUGGCUGCUGUAUCUGACUAGAGAUUUCACUAAACAAAGCACCCAGGGCCUGGGGAUUGGGUCAGUUAUGGAGGUCUUUGUAGUUGCCUCUCCUCCCUCCUCUUUUCCCUUCCCAGAGGUGAGUGUGGAACGAGGGGGACAUUGUGGGCCGGGGGGGACCCACUAAUUUCUGACAUUUGAAGAAAACAUAUAAAUCUUUCUUAACCAUGAAAGCAAAAUCCUUUGGGUUUAUUUUGGGAUAGUUAGGAGCUGGGGUAGAAUAUAAUUUUUUUCCAAGGAUUUAUAAACAAAAAGCCUAAAAUAAGCCCUCUAUUUUAAGAUUUUUGAGAAACACUCCAUGUUAUAUUCUGGGUAAAGUAAAAAAGCAGUUGUCUCCAUUAAGCCAUCAGAGCAUGUCUCGGACAUCUGUGGUUACACAAUGAAGAAGAACAUACUUUUUUUUUUUUUUGAUGAUGUUUGAUGUCUUAAUAAUCAAUACUGGUUUAACUCCUGGUUAGUUCCUGCCAAAUAUAUUGCAUGGGCCGAAGUUUCAGUAGCCAUACUGUUCUUAUAUCCCCUGAUCCUAGGAUCAGGUUCCUCUAAUAUUUUUUAAAUGUCCCAGAGACAUGGUGAUCCCUAAACGUGAGGGUUUCAUCCUAAUCCAUCCAGGCUUUUCUCUUUGUAUAGAUUAAACUGAAGAUCAUAUAUGAACCUAUUUAUCUGCUGGUGGAUUUACACCACGAGCUCAGACAAAUAAUGUGACCAUUUAAUCACUUUUCCCCAAACAUUCACACACAGCACUGCAUGAAUAAGUGUUACAGAAAGCUGCCAAAAAGUAAAAGAGAAAAGGUUUUAAUAUGACCCGUUUAACUUUUAUCUUCUUUUCCUCAGACCAUCAGUAUUAAACAGAUGAAAAAUAAAAUCAAGGACUACUUGAAGCUAUUUUUGUUAAUAUUCUGGUUACUGAAGUUUACUGUAAAUAUAUAUAUGUAUAGUAUGCAUAUUUCUUUUUAACUUUAUGCUUCCUUCCUCCCCAUGGAAUUUCUUCCCACAGAUUAGGGGCCAUUGGAUGUGGUGGUGAGACGCCAUUCAUCCCUGGGUUGAGGGAAAAGUCAGACCAUUUUUCUCACCACUGGGUGUCUCCAUAUACCUGAGUUAUAAAAGCAUUUUAAGCUUCUUAGCAUUUGUGGGAUUAGAAAUCUGUUUUUGCUAUUUAUAAUAUAUGGAAAAUGAAACGUGAUACCCUUUCUUGAGAUAAGUAUGUGAAAAUGUUUUUAAGUUACUAAAUGCAUCUUGUCUAACUACACAUGCACUGUUCUAAAAAAAGAGCCUUUACUGUCUGUAACCUGAAUUUUGGUUAUUCUUCCUUUUCAUACUUCUUUGAUGUGAAGUUAUGGAACUGUUAAGACUUUUGUUAAGGCAGAGUCUCUCCUGUUACACAACACUGAACCUCACGCCACUGCCUCCGAGGUUAGUGUCGAGCCCCAGAGGCCAGAUGUGGAACAUCAUUCUGAGUGGCAGCUACAGGCAGCAGGAGGCUUACCUCUCCCUGGUUUGGGUUCAGAAAUGACCUCGGGAAAGGAAUCCUUUUAAAUCUCCAGAAUGGUGAUGGUUAGUUAAGUAAAUGUUAGAUUUUAUAUCCCGCAAACAUCUGCCACCUUGUUCAUGCUGUCCUGAGGAGUAAUAAAGGUAAAGCCUUUAAAAAUCUGAAUUUCAUAGAGUCUCCCAGAGUCAACCCCAACCCCUCAGCGUGGUUGUGUCAGCGUGGGUGCCCCAGUGGCCAUGCCAGGCGUAGUCUGUCCCGUUUUUCUCGGGAGGGUGGCUCUCAGCUGGCGUUGACGACCGCUCUCCGCUUGCUCCAGAACCUUGGUUGAAUAUCAUACAAAAAAAGAGAUUACCCUGUUGAAUAGUUUUCUCUGGCCCAGAGGAAUGGCCUGGGAAACCCAUCUUGGCACAUGGUCUGCCCUCUAAAUCUUUGUGCAGUUUUUGUUUUGUUGCUGUUGUUUUGCAAAAUAAGUUUUUGGCAGUUAAAAAAAACUACUCAUAUAGGUCACUUUAUAGGAACCAGGCGAUGGAUGUUAAGAGACUUUAUAAUUUUUCUCAGGGACCUAAAACCUGAAUUUGGAUAAAAUUAAAUAAAUAUUUGUUUUCCAGUUGCUAGAUUUGUGGAUUUCUAGUCAUUUAACAAUCUGCCAGAAUGGAGGGUGGGGAAAGGGAGAUGCAGGGAAUUGUAAGAAUGGAGAGCAAAUGUGGGACCCUCCCUCUGAAGGAAAGCAAGCUGUUGUUCUCAUAGGAUAACAGGCAUUGUUGGUCUGGGAAAGAGAUGAAGCCAUGACUCUUCAAAACUGUCAGAACCAAGCGCUGCAUCUCCUUCCCUCUGAUCUUGACUGGUCCUCCCUGUGGUUAGUUAUGUUACCACAGGGUGAUGCUGUAUCACAAUCACUUAUGAUGAAGAUAUUUAACCUUAAUAUGUGUCAAAUUUGUGUUUUCUGUUGCUUCUCCUUUGCUCAUUUUCUUUGAUGUCAGAUGCCUCAAAGGAAAUCCGUGUGUGGCAGCUGCGGGGGGGGGGCGGGGGCAGGGCGGGGGCAGCCCCUCAUUUGGAGCCCGUAUUCUAAAAUGCAGAGCAUUCUUUUCUAAUCACACAUUCCCAGCCCCAAACACAGCCUGGAUGUUUAAUUCUCCCUGUUAAAGUCAACAUAUCUCUUAUCAUGGAGAUGUAAUGGAAGCAGAGAAAUAUAAUUUUAGGGUCACAUUGUGUAUCACAAAGUGCAGCAAAUACAGGAAGGAUUCAAGAAGGUGGCCCACUGAGUUUGUAAUGCACUUUGUACUUCCUGCCGUUUUAAUUAUUUUGCCACUCUGGGCUUCUGAAAACACAAAGGAGAUACAGCUCAGGACGAGCCUUGCAGAGACAGAGGGACCUGAGGUCAGGGGAUGGGAUCCAAGAGCCCCACCUUCUCAUGUUUUAGAAACCAGCUCCAGCUCUUACCUUGCUGGGGGGUGAGUGGAGGCUUCUGUCUUCCAUCAGAACAAUAGAGUUGUUUUCACUGUCAAAGACAGAGGGUCCCAGAAGCAUGCUGGAACGAGGAGGUUCCUGCAGGCCCACUUCAGUGCCUGUGGGCCAUGGUUUUUUAACUAUAACUAAUGAAUGUGUACCUUUCACAAGCACUUUGGUGAACUAGAGAGAAGAAAGUACUCUCAAGAUGUGUUCAAAGCUAAGAGAGGUUUAAGAAGAAACAAACAGCUUUCCUCAUCCUCUUCUCUCCCCUUUUCCCCUCCUUUGUGGGGAGCUGGACAGCAUCAUUCUGUGUUGACAGAUGUGUUUGUCUACCCAUAAUUUUGUGACAGUUGGCACUGUACCCCAAUGCCAUGCUAGGCUUGGUAUUUGUGGGAGUCCGCUGUCUUUCUGUGCCCCUAAAAUACUGUUAACCACUUUUCUCUGGAACCACUCCCACAUUUGAUUUGGUGGUAAAGGGCAAAACAAUGAUUGUGGAGGUGGAUCUAUUAGGUCUUGGUUGAAACUGUUUUCAAAAAAGCCCCACCAAGCGGUCUAUCACCCUUGCUCUCCAUCCAUAACUAAUGGCUAUUCAUCAGCCCUCGUAGGUCAUGUCAAAGUUGCACCUUUUGAACCAAGUAAUUGUAUUUACUAAGGGAAAGGUGUGGACUACAGAUUAGUAUUAUAUUAUUUUAAUGGAUUUAAAGUAAUUUAUAAGUAUGCCGAGUGUAAAUUUAUAGACUAUGUAUUGUAAAAGGACAUAUCCUGUGAAACAUAAUAUCAUUUUACUGUUUAACAGAAUAAUUCUAUAUGAAGAAUGAUUUGUCUCACCCCCAGAACUGGUUACAUUCCUGAUGCAAUCAAUCAACAGGCACUUUGUAAUUUCUUUUUUUUUUAAUUUUUUUUAUUUUUAUUUUUUUUUUGGCAGAGGGGCGGGGGACAUCAUUUGUGUAAAGUGCAGUUUGUGUCGCUCAAAAUAUGCACUGUAUGGCUACACAAGAGCAGCUUGAUGAACAGGUCACUCCAUGGCUCAUUAAAGAACAAAGCUUCCA